AUGUCGGACGGAGAAGAGAUCCAGAACCCCCCUGUUGCCGCCGCCGAUGAGGUCGAGGUUUCCGCCGACGCUGGCUCCGGCCAGAUGUCCGUCCUCGAUGCUCUGAAGGGUGUCCUCCGCAUCUCCCUGAUCCACGACGGUCUUGCCCGUGGUCUGCGUGAGGCUGCCAAGGCUCUCGACCGCCGUGAGGCCCACAUGUGUGUCCUCAACGAGGGUUGCGAGGAGGAGGCCUACAAGAAGCUCGUUGUCGCUCUGUGCUCCGAGCACAAGAUCCCCCUGAUCAAGGUCCCCGAUGGCAAGAUGCUCGGCGAGUGGGUCGGUCUCUGCACCCUUGACCGUGAGGGUAACGCCCGCAAGGUCGUCAACUGCUCUUGCGUUGUUGUCAAGGACUGGGGUGAGGACAGCCAGGAGCGCUCCGUCCUCCUCAACUACUUCCAGACCGAGCAGUAG